UAUCCAAAGUUCCACCACACACAGCAUCAGAGGAGAGGAGAGUCAUAUCUUCUACUCUCUCUUUUCCUCUCGCGCCUUCAAAUGUUUAUACUUCAAAGAAUGGCGAGUUCCACUGGGUUACUUCUAAAUCCGCCUCUCGUAAGACCCAUUUCGUCGAAUGUUUCUCCACAUCGUUUCUUCCUUGCAGUUGCAACCCAAUUUGCAGGAAAUAGGGACAAAUCUCUUUUCCAUAGCAAGAAGGCAAAUGGGUUUUCGAGUUCCGUUGCAGUGGCUACUGAUUCCUCAACGACGUCAGUUUCGACCCAGAACGAGGAUUUGGUGGAGACCCAGAAGGAGGAAAGCGAGAAGGUCGUUCUUCCAACUAAUGAAUCGUCGGAGAAGCUUCUCAGAAUUCGUCACACGUGUGCCCAUGUGAUGGCCAUGGCUGUUCAGAAGCUCUUUCCAGAUGCUAAAGUGACAAUUGGGCCAUGGAUAGAAAAUGGGUUUUACUAUGAUUUUGAUAUGGAGCCCUUGGGAGAUAAAGAUUUGAAGAAAAUCAAGAAGGAGAUGGAACGCAUUAUUAGCAGAAACUUACCACUUCUAAGAGAAGAAGUUUCAAGGGAUGAAGCUCAGAGAAGAAUUAUGGCAAUCAACGAACCUUACAAGAUGGAGAUUCUGGAAAGCAUAAAGGAAGAUCCCAUAACCAUCUAUCAUAUUGGAAAUGAGUGGUGGGACCUUUGUGCUGGCCCUCAUGUUGAAUCUACUGGUAAAAUCAACAAAAGAGCUGUUGAGCUUGAAACCGUUGCCGGUGCAUACUGGAGAGGAGAUGAGAAGAAUCCAAUGCUACAGAGGAUCUAUGGCACUGCAUGGGAGACGGAAGAACAAUUAAAAGCAUACCUUCACUUCAAAGAGGAGGCUAAACGACGCGAUCACCGACGCCUUGGGAAAGAUCUUGAUCUAUUUUCCAUUCAGGAUGAUGCUGGGGGAGGUUUGGUAUUCUGGCAUCCAAAGGGUGCCAUCGUGAGGAGCAUAAUUGAAGAUUUGUGGAAGAAAUUGCACAGGCAACGCGGUUAUGAUCUGCUCUAUACCCCACAUGUGGCGAAGGCAGAGCUUUGGAAAACCAGUGGUCAUUCAGACUUCUAUGGAGAGAAUAUGUACAAUCAGAUGGACGUUGAGGAUGAGUUAUAUCAACUUCGACCUAUGAAUUGCCCCUACCACAUUCUAUUUUACAAAAGGAGGCUGACCUCAUAUCAAGAUUUUCCUAUUCGGGUCGCGGAAUUGGGGACGGUUUAUAGAUAUGAGUUGUCUGGUAGCUUGCACGGGCUUUUCCGUGUCAGAGGUUUUACCCAGGAUGAUGCUCACAUAUUUUGUCUGGAUGAUCAAAUCAAAGAUGAAAUUAGAGGUGUCCUAGAUCUAACAGAAGAAUUAUUACUUCAAUUUGGCUUUAACAAAUUUGAAGUCAAUCUCUCUACUAGACCACCAAAAUCAGUGGGGAAUGAUGAGAUCUGGGAGAAAGCAACAUCUGCUCUUAGAGAUGCUCUAAGUGAUAAGGGGUGGAGCUAUCAAAUUGAUGAAGGUGGUGGAGCCUUUUACGGACCGAAAAUCGAUAUUAAGAUCGAGGAUGCAUUGGGAAGGAAGUGGCAAUGCUCAACUAUUCAGGUUGAUUUUAAUCUACCUCAGCGUUUCGACAUCACAUACGUUAAUUCAAACUCGGAAAAGAAGAGACCUAUCAUGAUUCACCGAGCGGUGCUAGGAUCCUUGGAGCGAUUCUUCGGUAUUCUAAUUGAAAACUAUGCAGGGGAUUUUCCACUAUGGCUUUCUCCCGUCCAAGUCCGAGUUUUGCCCGUGACGGACUCCCAGCUCCCCUACUGCAAAGAGGUGACCGAAAAACUCAAAGCGGUUGGUGUUCGAGCAGAAUUUUGUCACGGGGAGCGGCUGCCUAAGCUUAUUAGAAAUGCAGAGACCCAAAAGAUACCGUUAAUGGCGGUUGUUGGCGCCAAGGAAGUCGAGACACAAACUGUGACAGUGAGAUCCAGGUUUGGUGGGGAGAUAGGGACCAUAACAGUUGAUGAUUUUGUUGGAAAAAUCAAGUUUGCCUCGGAGAAUAGAACAUCAUUUUGAAGUUCUUUGGUGGGAUGAAUUUUGACCACUGUAUUUUACUUUUAUUUAACUUGAGAUUGCCUCAUGGAGGUUAAUUCUCAGUGUACUUUUUGAAUAAUUUUUCACUCCAUAUUUUUACUGUAAAUGUCAAUGUAAUCCUGUAGUUAGAGGAGUUUUCUUUUCCUUUGAAGGGAAUAAUAAGUAAAGAUAUACUUCUUA